CCACUUUCUUCACCCUAUCACACCACCGCAUAUAAAUCUGAAAGGUGGAUCCUCUGGCUUCGGACUCCUCCUCCGGUUCUGACACCUUCUCUUCCCUGUUCGCUUUGGGGGAGGGGAAAUCCGGUUACUCCUCUGAAGAGAUUGGUUUUUCUGCGGACAGGAAAGUUUAAAGAAAUGGAGCAAAAUGAGACAGGGUGCCAAGCAGCUCCUGGAGCUCCCAAACUCUGUGCCAACAACUGCGGAUUCUUUGGAAGUGCUGCAACCAUGAACCUGUGCUCUAAGUGCCACAAGGACUACGUGUUGAAGCAAGAGCAAGCUAAGCUUGCAGCAUCUUCCAUUGGGAAUAUCGUAAAUGGCAGCCCCAGUGACACUGGGAAGCAGCCUAUUGUUACAGUGCCUGUAGAUCCACAAAUAGGUUUUGCGGAGUCAAAUCUUUUAUCGUCACAGGCAUCCUGUAAUUCAUCUUUGAACACAGAAAAGGAUGAGGAGAAGGCAAAAGAAGGUCCAAACAGGUGUAGCACAUGCAGGAAGCGCAUUGGUCUAACAGGGUUCAAUUGUAGGUGUGGGAAUCUCUUCUGUGCAGUUCAUCGCUACACCGACAAACACGAUUGCCCCUACAAUUACCGGACUGCUGCUCAGGAUGCUAUAGCGAAAGCCAACCCUGUUGUCAAGGCUGAGAAGCUGGAUAAAAUCUGAAAGUGUGUUAGACUUUGAGGGUGGUUCAUGUGCUAUACCUAGCUCUUCGUUUCUUACCGUCCACGAGGGUUCUAUGGGGUUGAUCUGUUAUUAUAUUAGAGUCUCCUUAUGUUAAAGAUGGUUGAAAGCUUGUGUAGGGCAUCAACGUAAUGGGUCCUACUGCAUGUUAGUGUGAUGUUUCACUUGGCUUCUAUAUCUUAAUGCUCUCUUGUGUUGGUUUUAAUGGACUGUGUUAUGGCUUAGUUUUAAUUCGAUCCCCUGUUAUUUUC